AUGUCCACUACUUAUUUAAUCGUCGGUGCCUCUAGGGGAAUUGGCUUCACUUAUGUCAAACAUUUGGCUUUAAACAAGUCUAAUUUGAUUAUUGCGACUGCGAGAAACGAAAAUGCGGCUGCAAAAUUACAAGCACUCGGUCCAAAUGUCAAGACUAUUUUGAUAGAUAUGCAAGACCCUUAUUCCAAGUUUGAAACUUCUUUCAAGCAGCUCGAGACAUUGGCUCCAUCCGGGGAAUAUGAUGUCGAUGCUUAUGACGAAGUCCUUUCGGUUAACAUUGGAGGUGCUGCAAAAGGCUACAAGGCAGCUUAUCCUUUCAUUUUCAAAGGAAAGGGAAUCAAGAAGAUUGUGUUCGGUUCCAGCUUACUUGGCCAGGUGGGCUACCCAAUUAAAGGUCAAGCUUAUGCAGCUUCCAAAGCAGGCCUUAACCAUUUGGGACACCAAAUCGCUUCUACCAACGCCAAAUCUGGAGACGAGUUGGUCAAAAACUCAGCUACAAUUUUGUUGCGUCCCGGUGUUGUUAACACCGAUAUGACUUCAGCCCUGCUUGAUUUCAAAGCAAAAGUCCCUCCUUCCUUGUUUAUUAGUCAAGACGAGUCUGUCACUGGUACUUUGUCUCUUGUCGAGAAGCUCACUAAUGCUGAUAGCGGGAAACUUUUCAAUUACAAAGGAGCAGGAUUUAAAUUCUCUGCCAUUUAG